UUGAGCGCAGUGCGUCUGCUUCACUCUGCGGGGUCGCCGGGGCUGCACUUGUCUUCCACAAACCGUGAGCUUCAGGCUUCACACCCUGAGUGUAACUUACUCCGGGCGGGACAGGCAAUCGAUAAAGCAGAUCAGACGCGGUCAGAUACCCGAAAGCGAGCUGGCUGGACGGUUUUGAUUUGUCUAAACGUUUUGGUUUUUUCCUCCGUUGUGUUGAUCCGGCGAAGUCAGCAGUGUGAAGAGUCUCCAGUUGAGGGGCGCUCAGGGCCCUGUGCUGUGCUGUGCUGUGCUGUGCUAGUGCUAGUGUUAGUGUUAGCGUAGCGACGAGCCGACCCGUCUUCAAGACAGUAUUCUUGGAUUAACACUGGAAAAGGCAACACGAUGGAUAAAGCGGAUUUCCUGAAAGGCCUCCCUGUAUACAACAAGACCAAUUUCAGUAGAUUCCAUGCAGACUCCGUGUGCAAAGCAUCGAAUAGAAGACCAUCGGUAUAUCUGCCUACGCGGGAAUACCCCUCGGAGCAGAUUAUUGUUACAGAGAAAACAAAUAUUCUUUUGCGCUACCUUCAUCAACAGUGGGACAAAAAGAAUGCAGCCAAGAAGCGGGAGCAGGAGCAGGGUGAAGGAGGAAGUCCUGCACCUCCACGCAAAAUCGCCCGGACUGACAGUCAGGAAAUGAAUGAAGACUCCUAAACGGGAUCGUUACCAAACAGCACAAGGACAGGCACAAAAAUGAGAGCCCUUUCAGAAGUUCAUAAUACCUGGUCUACACUUCAUGUAGACACCUGCACAUGAGACUGGGAUGGAAAAAAAGAGAGAAUAAGACCUUUUUUAUGGUGUGCUUUGUUUUUUUUUUUUUUUAUUUUAUUUUUGUUUUUUUUAUUAAGCGCCUCAUGUCAAACUGUUCCCUUUGUGCAUCCUUACAGCCUAGUGUUAAACACUUGGGGGCGCUGUUAGCUUCCACUGCCAGAUUCUGUGGACCUGAUGCACUGUAAAUUGUUCAGGUAGGGUAGGGAGACUUGAUGGUGAGCUCAGAUACAUCGAUUUUCAACAUGGAGGUGUUUGGCAGUGUGUGGAAACCUUAGAGUGCAUCACAGCAUUGGUCGCAGGUGUGCGUGCAAACCACGAUCAUCUAACAUUGAUUAGAGGGCUGCUUUGAUCCUUGAUGGUCUAGUUUAAGAACUAUUCCCACUAGUUCAGCUAUGGAGGUUUUUUGCUGUUCUUAUAAAGAGAGUGCUUAAUAGGCACCUCAGUUCUUACAUGUGAAGCAAUUUUGUUUAGGAGAGAGACAGAUGUCUGAGUAUUGGUGUAAGUCAUGGGGGAUCUUCCUACAGUGUGCUGCUUAUGCAUGGACACACUAAAGAUUUUGAUCUCUUGCUUUGAUCAUGUCUUGGGAGAUGUCACAAUGGUGCUGAUUUGGAUUUGUAAAACAGUUUGACAGCUUUACUUUGUUCUCUUAUUGGAGAUGUAUCUGGAGGUGAUGGAAAACAGCCAAGUAUAGAAUGCUAACCCGAUUCGCUUCUCGGUUUUUGAGGCAGUUGUAUUUCCACUCUGGUCUUCCAUGCAGAUUUGACCGUCCUGCGUGCUGGACCAGUUUGGAUUGUUUCUCUUUUUUUUUCUUUUUUUUUUUUUUUUUUGUUUGUUUGCCUUUUAGUAGUUCUCCCCAGCUUAGAUAAAGCUAAUGCUAGUUUCAUAAACUGGCGAAGUCAGCGUCCUGCUCCGAGUCUGAGAUGCUAUUCUUGAAGCAUUUAGAGCUAUGCAGGGUUUUUUCCCCAUUUGAUGCGCUUGACUCAGUAUGAAUGAAUGGUCAGGUCCGAUGUCAGUAAUAACUAACAGAGCAGAUAAAGUCAGUUGAAAAAGCUUGAUGCAUGUGGCUUUCUUUUGUGUCUCACCUGGUAUGAUGUGAACACAGUGUACCUGAACUACGUCCUGUUCACUGUGUUCAGACCACUGCGCUUGGAAGUGUUAUGUGAGGAAAUGUGUGUCAAUAGUUUCUCUUUAAGUGCUUCUUUACCCUCCCCCCCUUAACUGAUUUUUGUUAAGUGUUUGUUCUGUUAUUAAAAAGUUUAAAAUGCAGGUGAAGCCAUUAGUGUUGGCUAAAGCAUGUAUGUUCUGUGGCAGCUCUGCUGGGGGUUUGGCAAUAGAAGGUACCUAAACUGACUGUUGACUAAAGGCUGGACUGUGAGGAAAGGGGCCUUUGGCUGUGUAUAUAACUCCAAUGCUCAGUUCUUACGUAAAACCUGCUACUAUACUCAACUCCAACCUUAAAAUUAUUGCACAAAUAAUUUGUCUGUACAUGUAUCUCUAACUAUUCCAGCUGUGUGAUAUGAUGCACAGUAAGUGGUUCACAAUAUGCUUUGCAGCGAAAUCAGUUAAAGGUCUUCUGAUGACCAAGCACCCUGGAAGGUUUUCGGGUUCAGUUCUUAAGUGUUUUGGUAUGUGAUAAUGAGCAUAAGGUGUCCCCCUUUCCUUAUAGAAACACGUUUAAAGUUCAGAACACACAUUUUGUAAACACCCAGCUGCUGUAUUUCCUUGUUUCUAGUGUCAUGUUGCCUGCCUCUGAUUGCUCAGACCAACACGCUCAAGAGUACAUAGCUAUAAUCCUGCCUUAUUAAAUAUGUGGAGUUCAUUCAGAAAAAAACAAAACAUCAAGAAGUCGCAGGCAAACUGUCCCAUGUCUCUUUCAUAUUUGUGUAUGAGUGAACCUCCCUUAAUUUGUAUUUUCUCCUGGAAGCCUUCCUGAUUUCUUUAUACAUUAGAUCAACAUUGUUAUUUGAGGAAUUAAAAAAUAAGACCCA